AUGGCUCUACAAGAUCUGACUGAUCCUCCAGAAGAUCGUCUGUCUGGUUUAUCGGAUCCUGGUUUUGUACCAACAUGUCUGCAGGAUUCAGCUGAUCUUCUUCCAGGCCCGUCAGCUCUUGAGCCAGUACCCCCAGAAUUUCCAGCUGCUUGCAAGCAUACACGAAUCAAGGAUCAAACCCGAGCAGCCUGUUUCGGCCGUCCAACUCCUGUACCAUUUGAUGAGAUUUAUGAAGUGGGAGAUAAGCUUGGACAAGGAAGCUUUGGCACUGUGUACGAGGGGACUUCAAAAAUUCAACGCAAGAAGGUUGCCAUCAAAAUCAUCCUCAAGUGUAAAAGAGACCGUUAUAUUGAACUACCUGGCUGUUCAAAGCCACUGUUUGCAGAAGUGGCUGCAAAUCUGCUGCUCAAACAGGCUCCAUUAAGCCCCUACAUUGUGUACAUGCUGGAAUGGUUUGAAGAGGAGGAUCGGUUCAUCCUCAUCCUGGAACAUCCGGAACCCUGCAUGGACUUGCUCAGAUUUGUGGUUCACAACAUGCAUUGGCCGAACGAAUUACAGACACGUAGCCUGAUGUAUCAAGCGGUGCUCGGGGCCAAGCACUGUCUUGACCGAGGUGUCUUUCACCGGGAUAUUAAGUUGAAUAACUUUCUGAUCAACACGACGACUAACCGAGUCCAACUAAUAGACUUUGGCUGCAGUGACCUCGUCAAAAGUACAGGCUACUUGGGUGGUUUUAUAGGACGAUUCUGCCCACCUGAAUACUACAAGGGCUUAGGAUACAAGGCAGGGCCAACAACCGUCUGGUCUCUGGGUGUAAUGAUGUACGCAAUGAUGUGCAAAUGUCUGCCCUUUAGCAGUCCUGAAGACAUGUAG